AUGACUCGGUUUCCCUUUCAAAAAGUAUGGCUUGAAAAUAAUGAAAUGAAGAUAAAUAAUUAUUGUCAUAACUAUCCCAAAGUUAUUCCUGAAGAACUAAAAGUCCACACAUUCAAAGAUCAACUGUACAACUUUCUGUGUAGAAUUAAAUCAUCAGUGAGUUUGAAGCAAACUCCUGUAGAACUUCGUAAAAUCACUGUUAGAAAUUCAAAAGAUGAGCUAAAUGAUGUUUUACAUAUGAAUAGUUCACAUGCACAACUGAGAACAUAUGAAGAAUUGAAAAUUUUAAAACUUUUAGAAGAUGUUAAAUCAUUUAGGUUACCGAACUCAGUGACUCAAUAUGAAGAUGUCGUUAGUACACUGCAGAAUAGUUCAGCCUCUUCAAUCACAUUUGAGAAGAUAAUUAAUGCAUUACUACAUUAUGCUAUUCAAUAUAAUCAUAUUGAUUUCGUUGAAUGGCUACUGAUUUGUGGAGCAGAUCCGAACAAUAUUAAUGAACUAGGAGAUCAACCUAUUCACUCAGCAGUACUUGGAAAACACUUGCAAAUACUUCGAUUGUUAAUUGAUUUUGGUGCCAAAGUGGAUAUGAAAAACCAACAAGGUGCACAACCUAUACAUUUAGCAGGGGAAGGCAAUUUUCUUGAAGGACUUGAGCUUCUGCUUGAACUAACACAAGAUGUGAAUAUACUGGAUGAUGUGGGUGCAACACCGAUUCACUACUGUUGUUUCAAAGAUAGUGCAGAAUGUUUACUGUUAUUGAUAGAGCAUGGUGGCAAUAUAUAUCAACCUAAUGUAUUUGGAACGUAUCCAAUUCACGAGGCAAUUUCUCAAUUGAGUCUGCGAUGUGUUAAAAUUCUUUUAGAAUAUAAUAAGCAUGAUUUACAAAUGAGCACAGAAACAAAACAAACAGAUAACACUGACCUAUCAGUUACUGGCAUUUCUGUCAAUAACAAAUCUACUUCAAUAUUCAAUAGAAAAUUUUCUCUGAUAUCAAAUAAUUUUAGCAUAAAUAGACAUGUGUCACCUAGUACUCCAUCAAGAUUUAGUAUGGAACAAAGAUGUUCUAAUCAUGGAAGCGACCAACCUAUAAAACCUUUACAAUUAAUUCAUUUACCUGAUUGCCAAGGUUUUGCACCGAUUCAUAUGGCAGCUAAUUCAGGAUCUAUUGAACUUAUGAAGAUUUGUCUUCAAGAAAAAGCAAAUAUUUUAACAAAAGUAUACAAUGGUCAAACAGUUCUGCACUAUUGUGCAUUACGUGGAGAUUUAGAAUGUAUAAAAUUUAUUAUUGAAAGCAUUCAACCAGAAGAGAUAAAAAUAUUAAUUGAAUGUGCUAAUGAAAAUGGUGAAACCUGUUUACACUUAGCUGCAAUGCAGAAUUAUGUUAAUAUGGUGGAAUAUUUAAUAAGUUUGGGAGCAGUAAUCAACAAACCUGAUAUAAACGGUAAUACACCGAUUAUGUCAGCUGCAAUAAAAGGCUCAGUACCAGUGUGUAAUUAUCUAUUGAAAAAAGAACUAAAAGAGUUACCUGAAUUACUAAAUGAUGUUGAUAAUUUCGGAUUUACACCAUUACAUUAUGCAGUUGAAUUGAAUCUUAUCAAAACUAGUCAAUUCUGUUUACAGUUUGGUGCAAAUGUGACAAUUACUAGUAAGGAUAAAAGCAGUCCACUUCAUAUUGCAGCUAAAUAUGGACGUUGCAUAUAUCACAGGCAAUACUGA